AUGCAAGAAACAAUUAAUCACAUGGAUAUAAUUAUUUCUACAGCAGAUGGCGCAUCACCAAUUAAAAGAGAUUCUUAUAAACCAAAUUUGGAGAAUCCAAGAAGAAUUAUAAUGUUUGACGGAGUUUGUAAUGUUUGUGAUGGGUUUGUACAAUUUGUGUUUCCAAGAGAUAUUGCCAAAAGAUUUUCAUUUCAAGCACUUCAAACUGAAAAAGGAAAAGAAAUAUUGGAUUACUAUGGUAUACCAUGUGACAUGUCAUCAAUUAUUUUAGUCGAUGAGGCUGAUGGUAAACACUAUACCAAAUCGACUGCAGUUUUAAAUAUUUUAUUUUUUUUAAAGGCACCAUAUAGCUACUUUUAUUCAUUCUAUUUUAUCCCACCAAUAAUUCGAGAUUUUGGAUAUGAUUUUUUUGCAACUUAUAGAUACUUAAUUUUGGGAAAAAAAGAUUCUUGUUUUUUUUCACCUUCCAUGGCCUCACGUUUUAUCUGUUUCAAAAGUAAAAUGAUGGAUUUGACCCAAAAAAAUUUGUUAAAAAAAAAAAAAAAAAAAAUUAAUUAA